CCCAGAGCCCAGAGACCCACCAUCCAACCUGGAGAGAAGGCGCAGCAGCAUGAUGAUACGCCCUUACUCCCUGUCCUACCUCCUCCUCCUGCCGCUGGGUGCCUGCUUCCCUCGAGUGGACAGAAAAGAGCCAGCAGACACCAUGGGUGGCAUCAGAGCCAAAAUGAACUGGGCUGACCUGGCCCAGGGGUACCAACCCAACUUCCUGUGGGGCUUCUCUCAGUGGCUGAGAGCUUCACAGCCACACGCCUUGUUCAUCCUAGCCAAGGAGCUGCAGACGUCUGGCAAAGAGCCUUCUGGCUUCAGGCUCCGGUUUGGGAGGCAGGACGAUGGCAGUGAAGCCACCAGCUUCUUUCCAGCCGAUGGCGAGAAGGCAAGUGGCCCACUGGGGACCUUGGCUGAAGAGCUCAAUGGCUACAGCAGGAAGAAAGGCGGCUUCAGCUUCCGUUUUGGCCGGCGGUGA